AUGAUAUUAACGAGUUCCGUACUUUAUAGAUAUGAAAGGCACAGCAUUGUGGAGUGGUUUAUAAUGGAUACUCGACAGGUUUCAUGGAUGAGAAAAAGGGAUCUUCACAUUCUAACAUCACACAUCUUUACAUACACCGGGGACGCAAGGUUUAGUGUGCUGCACCCUGAACCUUCAGACGAUUGGGACUUGAAGAUUGACUACGUGCAGCCGAGAGACGCCGGUGUUUACGAGUGCCAGAUUAACACCGAGCCCAAAAUCAAUAUGGCUGUUAUGCUAACCGUUGAAGAUGAGUCCCUCAUCCCCGCGACCUCGGCCCCGCCCCGCUCCUCAGCUGCUGCGGCGACCAUAUGGGGCUCUCAGGAUGUGUACGUGAAGAAAGGCAGCACAAUAUCGCUGACGUGCUCAGUGAAUGUGCAUUCGUCGCCACCCUCCACAGCCUCAAUUUUAUGGUAUCACGGCAACUCCGUUGUGGACUUCGACUCCCCACGCGGAGGUAUUAGCCUAGAGACAGAGAAGACGGAAGGUGGCACAACCAGUAAGCUACUGGUCACUAAGGCUGCUCUCACAGACUCCGGGAACUACACAUGCGUGCCCAACAAUGCGCAUCCCGCGUCUGUAUCUGUCCAUGUGCUGAAUGGUGAGCAUCCAGCAGCGAUGCAAACGAGUAACCGAGCCUCGUCCUACCUCACGUCACAGUUGAGCUGUGCCAUCUUCACAUACCUGCUGUCAUCCGUCGUCUGCAGAUGA